GAUGGCGGAUUCCGAGGUGUAAACAAUAUUACUGGCAGUCAGUCAUUCUCGCAUUUAUAGUACCCGAAGAUGGAUAUAUCAAGGGCUAUCUUUGGGGGAAGGUCCACAGAAGGAUAUAGCGCCAAAGCUUCAAAUGUGGAUACGUUAUCUGAAGACGAAGAUGAUGUUGGAGCGGCAGGAGAUGGAAUGAGCAUCUCUGCUGUGCCUAAAUAUUCCAUCAAUGGGUCUGAGUUUACCCCUACGCCAGGGGGUCCCUUCUCGGCUCUCACCCCCUCAAUGUGGCCCCAGGAUCUGCUGAAUAAAAUAAACCAUCCACCUGAAGAUGCUACUGGUCAGGUUGAUUAUAGAUAUGAUGAAUUUGGUUUUAAAGUAGAAGAAGAAGAUGGCCCUGAGGAAAAUUCCAGCCCUCUGUUAAGCACACCUUUCAUAGAAGAUGCUCAGCACAGGCUGAAGUGGACUGCAUACUUGGAGUUUUCGCAUAAUCAUGAAGUAGGAGACCUCACUUGGGAUAAGGUUGAAUCUCGUUUACCACACUCGGAGAAAUUCCGUGGUAUGAUCAAACAAGGCAUUCCUCACUCUCUGCGCCCCCAGAUUUGGCUGCGUCUCACUGGAGCUCUGGACAAGAAACAGAACUCUGAUACUUGUUAUAAGGACAUUGUCAAAGCCAGUGGAAAUGAUCAUCUCAUGACAUCCAAACAGAUUGAAAAGGACUUACUUCGUACAAUGCCCAGCAACGCAUGCUUCUGCAACAUCAACAGUACGGGUAUCCCGCGACUGCGGAGGAUCCUGAGAGGCUUGGCGUGGCUGUACCCAGACAUUGGCUACUGUCAGGGUACAGGAGUGAUUGCUGCUAACUUGCUGCUUUUCUUGGAAGAAGAAGAGACAUUCUGGAUGAUGUGUGCUAUUAUAGAAGAUCUGCUACCAGCUUCCUACUAUUCCAGUACUCUGCUUGGGAUACAGGCAGACCAGAGAGUGCUGCGACAUCUCAUUAUAAGUUAUCUUCCUGAUGUGGACUUGGUGCUUAAGGAACAUGAUAUUGAGUUGUCUCUGAUCAGCCUCCAUUGGUUCCUGACUCUCUUUGCCAGUGUGGUGCACAUCAAGGUGCUGCUCAGACUAUGGGACCUGUUCUUCUAUGAAGGUUCUAGAGUGUUAUUCCAGAUCACACUGGGCAUGCUGAAGAUGAAGGAACAAGAAUUGCUAAGCCUGGACAACUCAGCCCAGAUCUUCAAUGCACUGUCGGAUGUCCCAGGAGAUGUCCAGGAUGUGGAGGAAGCUAUAGAGACAUCAUAUCGUGUUGCCAGCUCCCUCACAGAUAUGGUAGUAGAGUCUCACAGGAGAAAGCACCUGGCAUAUCUCAUGGCUGAUCAAGGAGCUCUUCUCAAUCCAGAAAAUUCCAGAAACUUACCAAAACAGCAACUGAACAAACGCCAUCUGAAGCGAUCAAAGUCCUUGAUCUCUUCUCUCCUCUGGGGAGAGGAGGAUGAGGACGGUUUUGAUGGGAAAGCCAAGAAUAUCAAGCAGACAGAGUUGUUGGUGGACAUGAGGGAGGCCAUUUUGCAAGUAGCCAGGCAUUUCCAGUCCAUAGACCCAAAGAACAGUAAAGUGAAGCUUCAGGCUGACUACUCCAUGGAAAGCCAUGCCAAGGACAUGGAUAAUUACUUGAAUGUGGCCAGAACUCGUCGGCGGAGGGCCAAGGCGCUGCUGGACUUCGAGCGUCAUGAUGACGAUGAACUGGGGUUCAGGAAAAAUGAUGUUAUUACUAUAAUCUCUCAGAAGGAUGAGCACUGCUGGGUGGGAGAGUUGAAUGGUUUGCGUGGCUGGUUUCCCGCAAAGUUUGUGGAGAUGCUGGAUGAGAGGAGCAAGGACUACUCCAGUGCUGGGGAUGAUUCUGUCACAGAAACCAUAACUGAUCUGGUCAGAGGAGUCCUGUGUCCAGCCUUGAAGGCUAUAUUUGAACAUGGCCUUAAAAAACCACAUCUUCUUGGUGGGACAGUUCACCCUUGGUUAUUUAUAGAGGAGGCAGCUACCAAAGAAGUUGAGAAAGACUUUAAUUCUGUGUAUUCAAGACUUGUGCUGUGUAAAACAUACAGACUUGAUGAAGAUGGCAAAGUUUUGACACCUGAGGAAAUCUUGUACAGGUGUGUGCAGUCUGUAAACUUUACCCAUGAUGCUGCACAUGCUCAGAUGGAUGUCAAGUUCAGGUCUCUCAUAUGUCUUGGUCUCAAUGAACAAGUGUUGCACCUGUGGCUGGAGACCCUGUGUUCCUGUAUGGAGGUGAUAGAGAAGUGGUACCAGCCCUGGUCCUUUAUGAAAAGUCCUGGCUGGGUACAGAUCAAGUGUGAACUAAGGAUUCUUUCUCAGUUUUCCUUUCACUUGUCAAAAGACUGGGAAUUACCUGUAAAGAAAGACAAAACCACACAACCACUAAAGGAUGGGGUUAGGGACAUGCUGGUGAAGCAUCACCUCUUUAGCUGGGAUAUAUGACCUCUAGCUAACCUUCAACAACCUUGACCUUGGACUAAUCUUCAGUAAGCUUGACUUUCCCUGCAUGCAGAGAAGACUAAUUGCUUGGUGUGGCACAUCUUUUCAUCUGCUUCAUCAAUAGAAAAUGCAUGCUUAGGCAAUAGGAGCUAACAGGAUAACAUCACAUUGGUUUUAGGCAAAAUUUUUUACUAACAACAUUAACUUAGCAUUAUAAUUGUCUGGUACAUGUAGAAGUGAAUUAACAAACAGACUUAGCAAAAUCUGCUCUAUAAUUUAUUUACAUUGACUUGUAGGUUUGUGGAGUACAGGGGAAUUAAAUAAUACGAAAGAAUGUAAAUUCUCACUUGGAAAAGUGUUGUGUAAAAUUGUAACCUAUAUAUGAUUACAUGUAGUAUUGUUAUUGUUAGACUCUGAAAUAAUUGAACUGGUUUUCUUAUCCAGUACAAUGUAUAUGAUACAUAUGACCAUUACUAGUGAGGUAUGUAAAUGAGGCACUUGCCUUUUGUCCAACUGACAAAAAAAAAAGGCUGGUCUCAGGGGAGUAGGACCAAUCUUUUAGGUAUAGUUUGGUUUGUCACUUUGUUACAUUGUUAACCUAAGUGUAUAUUUAGAUAUUUAAAAUUGGAAAGCAAAUUUACAAACUAGAAAACUAGAAGAGAAAGAGCAGGAUUGUGCUGUUAUGCUAUAUACGGCAAAGACUGGGAUCAAUUAGAUGCUAAAUUGUGAUUCUGUUAAAAUUUAGCACUAUCAUCCUUUGGUUUCUUUAUUUAUUUAUUAUAAAAAAGGGCAUUAGAAAAAUCUUGUAACCUUGGAUUACUGUGUCUGUUGUUUGGCAGGUUCCAGCGCAGUCUCCUGUACAGUAUUCAGAUGUUGCAUCCAUAUUUGUUUAAAAGAAAAUAAUCAUUUACUAAAAAUGAUAUCUUUAAAGAUAGGUUCUAGAAAAAUGUUACCUAUUUUAUGCUUACAAUUUUAAAUAUUCAUGUGCUCAUGUAGUUCUUUGUUUCCUUACAUAAACAAUGUACGAUCUUUGGUGUGGUCAUAUACUUGAAAGUUAUGUUACAACAAAUGUUAACUUUGUCACAGCUUGGUGCAUUCCCAUCACAUUAAAAUCAGAUUUUAUCAUAUUUUGAAUACUUGUUGCUACUUUAUGUCUCAGGUUAAAACUUUUCUCUACACACCUGUUUCAGGUACAUGUAUGAAAGACAGCUGUAUGUUUAUUAGAUACUUAAAAAUAUCGUUCUAAGAAUUUAAAGAAUAUGACUUGUAACAUUAUAUCAAUACUUAUAUAUUUUAUGGUACCUUUCAGAAGUCCCA